UUUGUGCUUUCUACCUUAUCCUCUGAGUCUUGUCUAUUUAUCUAAGCGUACAAUUUUCUCUUCCUCGUAUGCUUCCGUGUGUGAAGUUAAUUUGCUGUAGUUCGUUAGAAUUCUGGUGUGCUUAAAUUUUUCUUUUUGGCUACUGUGGCGAGAAGGAGAUUGAUGAUCGGGUUUAACAUGUAACUUCUGUUUUGGUGUUUAUUGAGAUUCUAAUGUUUCGACAGUUUUUGAUUUUCUUGAACUUCUUUAUCUGCAUAUACUUCAAUGGGUUAGGUUUAGAAAUGUCCACAAAAGGUAAUGUUGGAAAUAUGUUAGGUAGAAAUGAAUUAAAUCUUAGCCACUAAGUUCACAACGUUAGCCUGCUUGCACCUGUUUGCUUAAUGAGGAGUCAGAAAGAGCAUUGGAAUAUGUUAUUUCGGUUGACAGUUGCAAUGGGUGUUCAGUAGGAGGGUAGGACAUUUAACACAUGUAUUAGCUAAUUGUGCUGCAAUGAGUCGUUUGUUGACCAACAUAUCCAUUGUGGAAGAUUCCAGUUGUGUGUAGUGUGGUUUCAAGCACUUGUUGGAGGAUGCAGAUACCCUUUUUCAGAUGCUUAAAAGGCCCGUGUCUCAAAUCUAUUGUUGCUACUCUGCAGACUUCAACAUUGAACUAAACGGGCAUUCAGUCUUUAGUGAGGAGAGGAUCAUAUCUCAUGGUGUAGAAGUUCUCUUGGUGAAAGGUUUCUCUUUGGCACGGAUUUGCAGAAAAUGUUGUAUUUUCCCAGACCAAUCACAAAGCUGCUUUGUUGUUGAAAUGCUACAAUCUCUUUUCCUCGAAAGCCAAACCUGACCCAAUAAAGAUUAUUUUUUGUCUUUGGAAUUGGAGGAUGCAAAUUUCCAGUGCAGAAGUAUACUAUAAAUGUCAGUUCUACUUCAGCGUCUCAAAUGGAUAAUCAAUGGUUUUAAUAAAUCACCAUCAUUUACCCCUAAGAGGUUGGAUGGUCCUGAUGUGAAGCCGUCGCCUCAGCUAAACUUUGAUCAGCUGGAGAAGCAGCAGGCAGUGAAACCCAACAGUCUCAAACCUAACCGUGAAAUAUUCAAGCGGCCAAUGUUGGAGGCUGCACAUGAGAUUUCCAUUUAUAUUCAUCGGUUUCACAACCUUGACUUGUUCCAGCAAGGAUGGUAUCAACUUAAGAUUACAAUGAGGUGGGAGGAUGACGAUUCUGGCUCCUUAGGGACUCCAGCAAGGGUUGUUCAAUAUGAAGCUCCUGAUUUGGGUUCUGAUGACAUAUAUGGAGUCUGGAGGAUUGAUGACAUAGACCAUAGCUUUUCAACACAACCUUUUCGAAUCAGAUAUGCAAGACAAGAUGUACUUUUGGCUAUGAUGGUCUCUUUCAACUUAUCUCUUAGUAAAUUUGAGGGUCCACCCACCUCCGCUGUUAUUCUGAAGUUUGAGCUGUUGUACACUCCAGUGUUGGAGAACAGGUUUAAUGUUCAGGCUUGUUUGGACACAUCCCCUGCUGCAGUGCAUGAGUUUCGACUUCCACCUAAAGCUCUUUUGGGACUGCAUGCCUAUUGUCCUGUUCAUUUUGAUGCUUUUCAUGCUGUGCUAGUUGAUACUAGUGUUCAUGUCAGCUUGCUGAAAAGCGGAGUUCACAGUUCCUCUCUGAAGAUAUCGAGUGAUCCUAAAGCUAAUGAUGAUGAUAUUGACGGAGAGCAUGAUAAAUCAAAGCAAGUUAUGCUUGUGAAAGCAUUAUCAAGUGCCCGCGACAUACUUCUGGAAGAGCUACAAAAGCUCAGCAAGGCAAUCAAUCAACCAAUUGACAUCAAUGAUAUUACCUCCAAUGAAUUAUGCUAAAGUCCCAGGACUAGUUUCAAGCAAUCCCCAGAAUGUUUUGGAGAAACCAAACGAUGAAGUUGAUUUCAGAGAUGAUGGUUUGCUUCAUUCGUUGUCUGUGGAUAAGCUACUUAGGUCAUUUGAUUUGAUUGGCAAUCAAAUGUCUUACCUAUGGAGUGUAUUUUUAAAUUUUCACCGGGCUAACAUAAAGAAGAUUGUUGAAUUUCUUUGCAACCAGUGGGCUCUUGAUCGGAGAGCUGAAUGGUCAAUCUGGAUGGUCUACACUAAGGUUGAGAUGCCUCAUCAAUACAUAAGCAAUGUGGUGGAUGAUUCAUCCGUUCAUGGAUUACGUGGUAGAGCACCAUCACUUCGGAAGCUAACUGGCGAUCCUGCACAGACUGCAGCUAUGAGAGCAGAACUUCAUAGGCGAAGUAUUGCACAAAUGAGGAUCAACAACCGGUCCAUUCAAGACUUGCAUAUAUUUGGAGACCCAUCACGUGUCCCCAUUGUACUUGUCGAACGAGUUGUGAAUGCACCUGUACGUCCAACCAGUGGAAAUUCUUACUUAAGCCAUGUGGACCAGAAAGAUACAAACAGCUUGACUGCUGGGGUUGGCUCUGACUCCUCAAACAAGUUAUCUGGUGCCAGUCCUCGUCAAAGUGGCCGUGUCCUGAAGAUUGUAGUUUUUGUCCAUGGAUUCCAGGGACAUCACCUGGACUUACGACUUGUCCGAAACCAAUGGCUUCUGAUAGACCCAAAGGUGGAAUUUCUUAUGUCGGAGGUUAAUGAAGAGAAAACAUCUGGAGAUUUUAGAGAAAUGGGACAAAGGCUAGCACAAGAAGUUGUAUCAUUUUUGAAGAAGAAAAUGGAUAAGGUGUCUAGAUCUGGGGUGUUAAGAACAAUUAAGCUUAGCUUUGUUGGACAUUCCAUUGGAAACAUCAUUCUGAGAACUGCACUAACAGAGAGCAUUAUGGAACCAUAUCUGAGAUUUCUGCAUACAUAUCUCUCAGUCUCUGGCCCACAUCUUGGUUAUCUUUACAGUUCGAAUUCUUUAUUUAAUGGGGGUUUGUGGCUCUUGAAGAAGUUCAAGGGCACGCAGUGUAUUCAUCAGCUGACUUUUACUGAUGAUCCUGAUCUGCAGAAUACGUUCCUUUACAAACUGUCUAAGGAAAGGACAUUGGAGAAUUUCAGAAACAUUAUUCUCUUAUCUUCACCCCAGGAUGGCUACGUUCCCUAUCAUUCUGCUAGAAUCGAAAUGUGCACUGCAGCUUCAGCAGACAACUCGAAAAAGGGCAAAAUUUUCCUGGAGAUGCUCAACGACUUGAUGGACCAAAUACGAGCACCUUCCUCUGAGCAUCGGGUGUUCAUGCGUUCUGAUGUCAAUUUCGAUGUCUCCAUGCAAGGAAGAAACCUGAACACCAUAAUUGGACGGGCCGCCCAUAUUGAGUUCCUGGAGACGGACAUAUUCGCAAAGUUUCUAAUGUGGUCUUUCCCUGAUUUGUUCCGUUGAGUUCAGGUUAUUAAUAAUUUAUCCAUCUGAAUACCAUGUGCUCAAACUUUGAGCCUGUAUUCAGUGCCAUCCAACCUCCAAUUUUUGGCGUGAGGAACCAAUCAUCAACUGAUCUUGGGGAUGGUAUGCCGAUCUUACUAUGCAAUCCCAUCAACAUGUGCAGGUACGACCCGUGUAAACUAUUUGCUGUAACACAAUUCUAGACACUCGAAUGUACUACUAUUAAGCACGUUGAAAUACUUGUUUAGAUUAAUUUCGACUCUAAAUUGUACCAUAGAGUAGCAGUUAGAACACAGGGGCAUGAUGAUUAUUUAUGUAAAGGUGCAUAGCAGAGGGGACGAUGGUCUGUAUCAUACUGUUACUAUUAGUAGGCUGUUGUGCAGUAAUAGAGAGUCGAAAGCAAGUUAUUUCC